UCAAAAGGUUAUGAGAUAGAUCAAUAUAUUUUUGUAUGUAUGUAAAUGUUCAACUUCUCAAACUCAGAAUAAUCAGACUUUUAUUCUGAAGGCUGAUGUAACGUUUCACAUCUGAAACAAGCUUUUAUUUUGACGGCGUGGCCGGAAGCAGGCGUGUAAAUGGCAUUGGACAGCUCAUGUUGUCGUCAGUCAGGAGCGGCUCCUGUUGUUAUUGAACCAAGAUUUCGUUUUUCUUUCUGAGCUUUAAUGACUCGCCCCGUGGGAACACGUGACCUCCCGUGGGUAGUUCCCACUAUAAGCGGAUAUUUGGAUCUUGGUUCUGUUUUUAACUGGGAAGUGGUUCUCCAAUAAACAUGAGGACGUGUUAAGGUCUCUGCGAACCUUCGGACGGUUUCAAUCCUCAGGAUGUGGUUGUGAAAUCAGCUGUCGGCUUCAGUUGCGAACUUUUUUCUGUUGACCGGAUCUCGUCGGAGUCGGAUCCCUGAAGAAUGAACGCAUUUCCUUUCAUCUUCCUGAUUCUUCUGCUCCAUUCAGCUGUCGCGUCCCUUCCGGAACCAGUCAACCUCAGGAUGGAGUCUCUGAACUUCCAGCAUGUCCUGCACUGGGAUCCGGGACCCGGCAGCCCUCCAGGGACGCAGUUCUGGAUCUAUCGGAGGGUUGGAGUUCGUAUCGUAAUGCUGAAGACGCUUUCUCAAGAACCAGUAAAUUCAACAUCCUUCAAGCUGAAACUGAAACCCCACAACAGGCACGAACUGGUUGUCGAGGCGUCGUACAACAACACAAAGUCUCCUCACUCUACAAUCACCUUUCAGCCCAUCAAGGAAACUGUGAUUGGUCCUCCGCUGCUCUCGGUGGCCGGAUGUGGAACGUGCAUCCAGGGGAACAUUUCCAUGCCUGAUUUAGAUCCAUACACAAAGGAUCACUCUAUAUACUAUGAUUUCAGCUACACAGUGCGGUGGAGGAAAGGAAAUGGUGGAGAAAUCCAGAAGCUGGAAACUCAAAGUAGGAACUUUAACCUCAGCAACCUGGAGAAAGAUGUGGAGUACUGCAUACAGGUGCUUCCCAAGUGCCGAACGAACAAAAACACGCGUCCGACCGGGUGGACAUGCACCUUCACCAGCAUUCCAGAACCAGAUUAUGGACUGUUGGUUUUAGUCGCUGUCACGGCCGUUUUGAUUGUUUCCUUGACUGGCCUGAUGACGGGAAUCUUCUGCCUCUACUACACCGGAUUCCUGUGCAAACUAAAGGAAAUGCCGGCAGCCCUCAUGGUCGUCUUGAGGCAAAGCUACGUCCUAACCCUGAGCACCACGGACAUCAACCGGGUCGCCAUCAUCCCCCAAACGGUAAAAACCAGAAACCGCCCGGCGACGUCUCCGUCUCCGUCUGCCGCCGGGGACGCCAGCUCUGAGGACGAAGACAGCGAUGAGGACCCUGCAGUGAAGCUGUACAUGGACAGAAACGCAGAACUUUCUACCGGCAGCGGUUCUGCUGACAGCAGUGGGAACAAUGAUGUGAUGAAGGGUGACUUCAUGAAGGUGGAGUCCAACCAGUAUGAGGCCAAAGCAGAAACUAUUUUUAUACAUGAAAAAGAUCAAUCUGGACAGGAGGACUCCACAACUCAGCUGGAGGAAAUCAAAAUAGAGACUCUGGAGUUCUCUGGAGACGUCAACCUGUUCUCCGUCACCCUCGCCUCGAUGGAUGCUUGUGAGGAAGACGAGGUAGAGGAGGAUCAGGACUCUGGAAGCUCUUCCAUGGACUUCCUGAGGACUUACACCCUGAAACCUCUGAGGCAGAUGGACUCUGAAAGGGAACAGGACGACGGGAUGCGUCCGUCAGAGUCGGGACAAGAUGGCAGCAGCACAGAGUGCUGGAUGGACGAGGAGAAGGAGGAGGAGGAGGAGGAAGAAGAAGAGGAGGAGGAGGAGGAAGAAGAAUUCUCUGGAUAUCUGACAAAUAAAUGAAAUGUUUUCUCAAACUGGAGGACUAUACAGGUCCAUUUCUGAUUCUACGACUCGGUGUGAACCGGCAGAUGGACUAAUCACCCACACUGCAAAAACACAAAAUAUUAACAAGUAUUUUUAUUUAGUUUCUAAUGCAAAUAUCUUAAUACACUUAAAAUAAGACAACAUUCACUUAGAAGUAACUCUUCAGCAAUAGGAGCUUGAUUUAGGUCAAUAAUUCAUUAAUAAUGAUGAAAAAGUAAUUGUUCCACUGGCGGAAUAUUUCACAAUCAACCGGCGCUACAUUGUUACCUAGCAACCCCCGCCAAGUCCAGCUUGUUGCCUAGCAACCCAGUUCUAUUUCUGCUGGCAGAUUAUUUCAC